GAAGUCCGAGCGCGCGCGCGCCAAGCCCAAGGCCAAGGUCUACAGUCACUACGCCUGCCCGGCCAGCGUGCAGCUGCCGGACUUCAACCUGGCGGUGCCCGACAUGGUGGUGCCGCAGCCCGUGUACGCCAACACGGCCGAGCUGGGCGGGCCGGCGCAGGCGCCCAAGGAGGACUGCACCACGCCCACUCCGGGCGGCGACACGCCCGAGCCGGAGACGCCGACCACGCCCACCAACUCCAGCCCGCCCAAGUUUGAACGCUGCGAGAGUGACGGCUCGGCCUCCAGCGGCUACAGCAGCGUCCACACGGUGGCGCCGGCGCAGCCCUCCGACGCUUUUCCGCCGCCGCCUGAUUUUGUGCUAAACAACUUUUGCGACGGAUCUGCGGACGGGCAGCAGAGCGGCCGGCCGAUGUCCAUUGCGGCGCCUCGAGACUCGGUGGCGGCGACGGCGGCGCGGCCGGCCGGGCUGCGUCGCUGCCACUCGCAGACGCAGCGGCCGACGGCCGCCGCGCACGACCACUCGGCGCCCGUCUUCAGGUCCUAG